GCCCUCAGUCGCUCGGCGCAACGCUCGCCUGUAGACGCCGUCGCGGCGGUAACGCUAACAUAUAGCAAUCGAUCGCAUUCAUUCACAAUGUUUUGAUCUGAAACUCUAUCAAUAUUGUAGUGCACUAUGACGAGUUGGUAAACGAACGCCUCACAAAAGUGCAAGACUGCGCGAGGUUUUAAAUCCACAUCAGGAUCCAGCGGAUAGUCAGGGAACUGGUUUCGUAAUUUACUGUAAUUUUAAUUUAUUUAUUUUCUCAUCAAUAUGAAGGAUAAUAAUAAACGCGAUGGUGCUCACGAGGCUAUGCUCUCUCAAAGUCCUAAACCAGUGGUCAAGAGGAAAGAGGAAAAAAGUCAAGAAGAGUAUGAAGCUCUUCAAAAUUUCCUACGUAGUAUUAGCUCUACAGCCACUCUACCGCCAUACGUAAAGGGUGAAACCUACUCAUCAGUGCGGGGAGUAUUUAAUCAGUGCCUUAUAACAUGUGCGGUGCUUAUAUUAGCGGCGGGUGCGGGUCACCCCAUAGGCUUUUCUGCUGUCGCUUUGCCACAACUUCGAACAGAAAACUCCACAAUGAGGAUAGAUGACGAUAUGGGGUCUUGGAUUGCCAGCAUCCAUUCUGCGGCAACUCCCUUGGGUUCAAUGCUCUCCGGUCCUAUAAUGGAAGCAAUAGGGCGAAAGCGGACCCUUCAAGCAUCAACCUUCCCUCUAGUAUUAGGCUGGAUUCUUAUUGGCACUUCGACGCAUCAUGCGUUAUUACUUCUAGGACGAGUCGUGUGUGGUUUUGCUGUCGGGAUAUUAGCUGCACCAUCACAGGUUUAUUUGGGAGAAAUAUCGGAACCAAGACUGAGAGGUCUCCUAAUUGGAACGCCGUUUGUGGCCUAUUCACUGGGAGUGCUUUAUGUGUAUGCUCUUGGCGGGGCUCUUCCGUGGAGAUCGGUAGCACAUCUAUCUAUAUUGCUACCGAUUUUAGCCUUUGUAGCCUUAUGCUUUUCACCAGAGAGCCCCACUUGGUUGGCACGACGUGGUCGUUUCCAUGAAGCCAUGGCCGCCAUGUCAAGAUUACGUGGAGAUCCUGAUACUGCGCAAAGAGAACUUCAUGAACUAAUAUCGGCCCGGGAAAAGGAAAAAGCGAGGGGUGAAGAGACCAUUCGUUUCUUCGCGACGGUCCUCCGACCACCUGUACUGAAACCACUCCUUCUUAUCAACGCCUUCAACAUGCUUCAGAUUCUAUCAGGCAGCUACGUGGUGAUCUUCUAUGCGGUUGAUAUAGUCAGAGAUGCGGGUGGCUCUUUGAGCCCUCAUUUGGCUGCCAAUGCGAGUGCCCUCGUCCGACUUGCAGUGACAGUGCUGGCGUGUGUGAUGCUCCUCAAGGUGACCCGUCGAGCUCUCGUUCUGGUGUCCGGCGCGGGCACCGCGGUGUGUACCCUCGCCCUUGCAUUCCUGCUCUCCCAAGGGCCCGGCACCGGCGUCAUUCCACCGACACUCAUCCUUGGCUACGUCGCGUUUAACACUCUUGGCUUCUUCCUCUUACCGGGACUGAUGAUAGGCGAACUCUUACCGACUAAAGUUCGAGGACUAUGUGGAGGCUAUAUAUUCUGCCUCUUCAACGCCGUCCUCUUUGGUUUCACGAAACUGUACCCGGUCAUGAAGAAUGCUAUCGGCAUGACUGGCGUCUUUGGACUCUUCGGCGCCUCAGCCACGUUAGCAACUAUCGUCCUUUUCCUCUUACUCCCGGAAACUAAAGGAAGGUCGUUGAUACAAAUAGAACAGUAUUACCAAAAACCUAACAUAUUAUGGGUCACGAGAAACAAAGCGGAAAAUGGUCAAAGUGUUUAGGUAUAGCGAAUAAGUACUUAAUGCAUCUUAUGUCGGUGUGGAUAACCUUAACUUUCUCUCAGCAUUUAAAUGCAACGUCCGCACUCUUCACAAAUACAUUUUCAAGGUUCUAGAAAAUUUUGUAUGUUAAUUGUUACUUCGUAGAUCUAAGGUGAACUUAUGGUAUGUUUAGUGUUACUUAAACGUUGUUGUUAGUAGCAUUUUACUUUACAAAUUGCGACAUACCUAUAUGGCAAUGGGAUUAACUAAGCAUUUGGUGCUUCUAAGAUUUACCUAUUUAUAUGUAUACCAAUGUAACAAUUUUUAAAUAAUAUUUACUAUACAUUCUCAUAUAUCAGAAGAGUUGUUUCCUUCAAUAUAGUAUCAAAGCCUUUAUAUGUCAUAAACUAAAACUUUCCUUUUAAGCUAAAGAAUAAAACCUUUUGAAUAAUUUUACCUACAGUUUAGUGUAUCUACACUCUUAAGUAUAUUUUAAUGCUUCAUUUCUUCAAACGAACAAUUAAUGAGUUAUAACUAGUAUGUAUUUCAACAUUAUAUUACCCUCAUAAUUUGUAUAUGACAUAAUAUCCUUUAGGUAUUUACUUUCUUCAAAUAUUGUUAUAAUGUUUAAUGAAUUCGAAUGUAGGUACAUUUGCAUUUUUUUAAACUCGUUAUCUUAUUCGAGGCAAAAUUAGUUUUUAGGCAUCUACUUUCUGCAUUAUAAGUACUUCUAUGUUAAUUAAGUUUUUUGCACAUUUAUAAAUAGAUCAAUAGUUUUUUUUUUUUUUAAUAAAAUACGUUAUAGCGGGUCUACACAAACUUAGUUUGCACAAUUUAUUACAUAUAUAAAACAUAUAUUUGCGCAAACGGAACGUGUAGAGUAUUAUUAUUUUCAACGUUUGUAUUUCAGAUGAAUAUAUAUUGCUGCAAAAGCCAAACACAUUUAUUUGAGCUUACCUAGUACUGCAAUAUGUAGACGCAUGUUCUCAUUUCUUUGAGAUAAUAAUAAAUGACCUCAGUAGCGGAUUUACCAGCAGGCUGAGUAGGCUCGAGCCUAGGGCGGCAGAUUUUGGGGGCGGCAAAUUUAGGGAACUAAUUUUUAAAUUAUCUUACAUGCAAUUUCAACGAAAUUGUUGCAUUGUAAAAAUAAUGUAUGAAAUGACAAUUGUUGAGGCAAGGGCGGCAAAAACUAUUCAGCCCAUACCCUGAAAAUUUGUAAAUCCGCCACUGAAUGACCUACGAAAAUAUUUAAGACAGUUUAUGGGAAUUUAUAAUAUAUAUUUAUACAGAAAUAUAUCAAUAAUUUAUUUCUGUGUGUUUACCUGCUGUUUGAAAAUUAAAAUCGCAAAAUUGUUUUGGUUUAGAUAUUACCUAACCCAACCAAUUUGUGUCCGUUUAUUUGGUUAUCUUAUUUUUUUUACAACGGAUGUUUUAGCUGUCGCAAAAAAAAUUGUAAACGUCUAGCUUCGUAUAUUUCUUCCGUUUUUAUGUCUUCCGCAUUUAUGAUUGCACACACCUCGGCGUUCAGGCGUUCAGAUUAUUUGUUCAGAUUAUUGUUUGUAAACAAUUUUGCAAAGCACAAAUUUGUGUCGUUUAGACCCGCUAUUAAGUACAUUGCUAAUUCAUAGCUAAUAAAAAUAAAAAAAAACUUCCAUUAUACAGUCAUAAAUUUUACAUAAUUUCAAUUUCCAUUCAUUCUACCUAAACAUUCUUCUUAAUUUUAUUUGCUACAUAUAUUUUCUGAGAAUCUUUUGAUAUACUUGUACUUUUUAACACGCCAAUAUGUGAGAUUAUCUGUGAUUUCUAAAUGACCACGUAAUAGUCCAAUGAUUUUUCAUAUUGUAAGGUCUUUAUAAGUGAUAUAUUUAUAUAGGACAAUUAUUUUUGUAGAUAAUAGAAAA